AUGACGUUUGGUGUGAGUCUUAUGUCAGAAACUUUGCAUUUGAUAUCAAAGGUCUACAAACUCUUGGUCACUUCUAGGACGAGGUUUACGAGAUAUGACGUGUUCAAAUUCAACCUUUUGAGUGAUGAAAAUGCUAAGAUUGUCUUUCGCAACUCUGCAACACCUAUUCCUACUAUUGAUGAGACUCUUGUGGUUCAGAUGGUUAAAUGCUGUAAGAAACACCCGCUUACGCUUUCUGUAGUUGGCGGCUCCCUAAAUGGGAAAAAUGAGGUGUCAUGGAAAUCGAUGCUUAACACAUUGAGUCAAGGUCAUUCAGUUUUGGAUUUAAGCAACGAAGUUCUUGUGCGCCUUGAGACAAGCUAUGACGUAUUAGACGAGAAACUCAAACAAUGCUUCUUGGACUUUGGGAUAUUCUUAGAAGAUCAACAUAUUUAA